CGGGCGCCGGCGGAGCAAUGGAAGCGAAGGCGUUUCUGCGGGCAUCGUGCCUUUGCCGUCUGCAGUCAGCGGCGGCGGCGGCGAGAGGCACAUCUGGCGGGCUCUGGUUCCGCCGCCGCUGCCUCUUUCCUUCGGGGCCCGGCGUUGCGGGGUCUCGUCCCGUCACAGGGCCUGGAGCCCUCAGCCCUUUCGACCGGCAGAUGAAGAGGAAGCAAAAGAAUUGGGCAGCCGGGCAGCCUCACGCGGAGCGCUGCGAGUACCUGCGGGAAGAGGUUGGUGGUAGGAUGGCCGAUCGUGUGUUUGACAUAAGCAGGACAUUUCCCCUUGCCUUGGACCUUGGGUGUGGGCGAAGCUACAUUGCUCAGCAUUUAAACAAGGAUGUUGUUGAAAGGCUUUUUCAAACGGAUGUGGCUGAAAAUGCUCUGAAGAACACAAUAGAUUCAGAAAUACCAAGAGUCAAUAUCAUAGCAGAUGAAGAAUUUCUUCCUUUCAAAGAAAACACAUUUAAUCUUGUUGUCAGCAGUCUGAGUUUGCAUUGGAUCAAUGAUCUUCCCAAAGCCUUGCAUGAAGUACACCGAGUCCUUAAACCUGAUGGAGUAUUUAUUGGUUCUAUGUUUGGAGGGGACACACUCUUUGAGCUCCGCUGCUCUUUGCAACUAGCAGAACUGGAAAGAGAAGGUGGAUUUUCUCCACAUGUGUCUCCUUUUACAGCUGUGAGCGACCUAGGACAUCUACUGGGAAGAGCUGGCUUCAACACACUGACAGUGGAUUCAGAUGAAAUCCAAGUUAACUAUCCAGGAAUGUUUGAAAUUAUGGCUGAUCUACAAGGUAUGGGAGAAAGUAAUUGCUGUUGGAACAGGAAACCUAUGAUACAUAGAGCGACCAUGUUGGCAGCUGCAGCAGUGUAUAAAGAGUUGUAUGGAAAUAAUGAUGGGACAAUACCAGCAACGUUUCAGAUAUAUUAUAUGAUAGGAUGGAAAUUCCAUAAAUCACAGGCACAACCAGCCGAGAGAGGUUCUGCAACAGCAUCAUUUGGAGAUCUGAGAAAAAUAAAUGAACUUAUUUCAGGCAAAAAAAAAACUUCGACAUGAAAUAUAGUAAUACAAAUUGUACAUAGCCUGUUGGAUAUUUAACAGUUAUCAUUUAACGUUGACAAACAACAUUAUUUCCCCCAAAACUACUUCGGUGUCUAGGACAAAAAGGGGGUCUAUAUUCCUGUUUACCAUGCAGUGGCUGUAUUUUUAUAUGCAAAUGGUAAUAGCAAAAUUGCCAAUUUGAUCUGGGUACAUCCAGAGAAAUGAUAGUGUGUAUUUCUGUACACAUAUUACUUGCCUAUGUGAAAAUAUGAGAGGUUUGGCUAUUCAAUAAAAGAAUAAAUGAAUGAUGGAGAAGAGACUUGGAUAGUUGCUCCUAUGAGUCCUGGAAGGUCAAUUCUUUCUGCUGCAAUUCUUGCACCUUCUGUGAGAUAAUGUGCCCUCUGUUAUCUAGUGGGCUGUUUGAUGAAAGGAAAGCCAUGUAAUUCCACUAUGCCAGGCCACAUCCUUGUAGGACUUAAAUUGUUGGCCAGGAUCCCAAGGCCCAUCAGUGAAGAGCUGAGAUGAAAUGUAAAUGGUAUACAGUAGGCUAUGCUAAGAAUAAAGGAAUAGUGGGCUUCUAUUUGUAUGGUUAUCCCAUAGGUAACUAUUACAAUGACACCACAUGCAUUAUGAUAUCAUUAGAGAAAUGUAUCAUUGCACAAGGACAUGUUAACUUGAGCCACUUGUAGAAUAUGAUGCAGAGGCAUUUCCCCACCUUGCCACCCCGGGGACAUU